UCAACGUCGCCGAUAACAGCGGAAGAUAUCACGAAGCUGUGUGAAGCCGUUCCUCCGAAUUUAGCGGAACUCAUUCGAAAAUACCCCGAGAUUUUCCCGGACGACCUACCCACCGGACUUCCGCCAAGCCGACCUGAAGACCAUCGCAUCGAACUGGAACCCGGCGCACAACCGACAGUUCAGCGACAAUUUCGCCUCAGCCAACCGGAACUCGAUGAAUUGCAGCAGCAGUUAGAUUACCUCAUGACGAAAGGUUUUAUCCGCCCAAGCACAUCCCCAUACGCCGCCCCCAUACUGUUCACACCGAAAAAAGAUGGCGGAUUCUGUAUGUGCAUCGACUACCGCGCACUCAACCGCAUCACCAUCAAGUCCUGUUACCUAAUCCCGCGAGCCGACGACCUACUCGACCAACUUUGCGGAGCCAAGUUCUUCUCGAAAAUCGAUCUGCGAGGAGGUUACCACCAAAUCCGCGUCGCCGCCGAGGAUUGCCACAAGACCGCCUUCCAAACCCGCUACGGUAGUUACGAAUACCUGGUGAUGCCCUUUGGACUCACGAACGCGCCCUCGACCUUCCAGAUGACCGUGAACGGAGUUUUUCGCGAACUCCUGGAUAAAUGCAUUAUUAUCUACCUCGACGACCUCCUAAUAUACAGCCGCAGCAGGGAGCAGCACUUAAAGGAUCUUGAUGCUGUCUUCACGCUGCUGCACAAGAAUCGCCUCAUCACGAAAUGGUCUAAGUGCGACUUUCUUAAGCAGGAGUUGGAGUUUUUGGGCCACGUCGUCUCUACCGAACGCGGUAAAAUCGACCCAGGAAAAUCAAGACCAUACAGGAAUGGAAGCCGCCGACCAACCUCAAGGAACUCCAAAGUUUUCUGGGUUUUGUCAACUACGUCCGCCGCUUUAUUCCCAAUAUGGCUGGGUUAUCUGCACCGCUAACCGACCGAUUGAAGGAUCACGAUUGUUUUUGGUGGGCCUUCAAUUCUCGCUUCCCCUGUCUCUCACAGAUCUCCCACCUAAAACCCUCUCAGAAUGUCAAUGGUGGCCCAAGUAUAUGGAGCCCUGUUGCGAUUGGUGUUUCCUGACUUUCCUAGUUAGCGUCAACGUUUGGGUUACGCCUUAAGCUGAGUUUGCAGUCGUGCGAGGCUUACUUUCCUCAGUGACCGUCACUAUGCUGCCGCUGGAUAGAAUGGCCUUCGGACUUGAACCUCCCAGAUCAGUGUUUCAAGUGGACGCCAGUUGAUUCUAUUCGGGAUGGGCACCGAUUUGGUUUCUGUCGGACCUUUAUCCGCAGAUUCCGUAUCUUCCAGAUGUCAAUGGCUCUCUGGCCUCGAGAAACCACACGGCAGAUCACACGCUGACGUGGAAGGUCCUAGAAGCUAACCUGGUAGCUGGUCGAUAAUAGUCAACGCCAGUGAACGCUGAAGGGGCUCCAGUCGUCAUCUCCUGGCACCUGGUGUUUCGUCUUCUCCGGAGUGCGGACAAUAUUGCGGGCUGCAUUCUUUCUCAACGCGCUCUUCCCUAUGGCCCCGUUCCGCUGGUCAAAGGCGGACUCAUCCUGUGAAAGCUUCUGCUGUAAGGAGGACCCACAUCACACAUUGUUCCUGAUAAGUUGAAGCUUACAAGUUUGGUGCAAUAUUAAAUGUCGAUUUGGUACCCCUACAUGUAACUGCCGAGUAGUGCAGAUGGUGAUGUCAAAAUUGUUGUCACGACUCGCUUUGACACGAUAUAAGAAAUGAGACGAGGCAAU